UAAAAUAACGGGUAGAAUUCAUAGUUGGAAAACAAAGUUCCUUAGCUAUGCAGGGCGGUUACAGCUUGUGAUAUCUGUGCUUGCUAGUUUGACUCAGUUUUGGAUGGCAGUUUUUAUUCUGCCAAAAAGGGUUAUUAAAGAGAUUGAAAAAUUGUGUAGUGAUUUCUUAUGGUGAGUCAGUGCUGAUGGGAAGAAGAAGGCUACUGCAGCUUGGCGUUACUUAGCCCUUCCUAAGAAUGAAGGUGGAUUGGGAAUAAGGGACCUAGUGAGUUGGAAUUUUGCGUGUGUGAUCAGACAUGUGUGGUUUAUUCUUUUCCAACAGGGAUCUCUGUGGGUGGCGUGGCUGAGGGAAUAUAGGCUGAAGAACCAUGAUUUUUGGAUUUUUCAAUCAAAAACUGGUUCUUGGAUUUGGUUAAAGCUGUUGAAGAGCAGAGAUAAAAUUUGUCUGCAGAUGUUUAUGACGAAUGGGGAUGUUCUGUGGAAUGGGAAAAUUAUGAAGAAGUAUUGUAUUAAGCUGGUAUGGGAAUCUUUAAGGCCAAAGGAGCCCCUGCUCCCUGGUGUUCUCUUGUCUGGAAAGAUUUAUCUCCCCAAAGGGACAAAUUUCUUGUCUGGUUGGUUGUAAAGAACUUUAUCACUACUUGUGAUAAGGUGGCAAGCUGGGGAGGAAGUGGUCUUUUCUCAUGUUUGUUCUGCCCUUGCUCUUUGGAGACUAGAGAUCAUCUCUUUGGUGGAUGUGUGGUGUAUAAAGAACUGUAUGCAGGUUUGCUUGCUAAAGCUUUCCCGAGAACUCCUUCAGAUGACUGGAACAUAGAGUUGCAGUGGGCCUCGAACGAUCUAAAAGGGAAGCAGUUGAGAAAUCAAGCUGCUAAGGCGAUUUGGCGGGCAAUGAUCAGUACCAUUUGGCGAGAAAGGUAUUCCCUGAAGAUGGAGGAUCCAAGAAGAGCUUCCAGGAGAUGAUAGAUCGAAUUAAACAGGAUGUUACAGUGUUGUUUCCUGCUGAAGUUGUUGAAAGUUUUUGGGCGGGUUAACCUUCUCUCUUGGUUCAUUCUUAUAGGUUUUCGUUUGUAAUGUCAUAGGAAGAUUAGUUGGAGUGUUGAAACAGUUUUACAGUGACUUAGUUGGCAGGGUUGUUGCCAAAAGUUUUGGGUUCCUUUUUUGAUGAUAUAAAAUCUUACUAAUUCAUAAAAAAAUCUAACAAGAUCCAUAUGGACUAUUUUUUAUUGUUUAAAUUUUUUUUUAUUUGUAUUUUAUAUUAUAAAUUCUAUAUAGUCAU